UGCUUUUCAUAUCUCUCUCUCUCUCUCUCUCUGAAUCCUCCUACCUAUAAGAAAACAAAAUGAGUUGGCUUAUGUUUCUUCUUCAUCAAUUUCUUCUGCUAUUUCUCUUGUCUUCUUCUUCUGCAUGCCAUACCUGCCUUGAGGACCAGAGAUUUUCACUUCUCCAAUUUACAACAACAUUUACCAUAACUGUUAAUGCCUGUUCUCUGCGUUGUGGAUCUAAUUCUCAUUCUAAAAUGGUGUUCUGGAAUGAAAGCAGUGAUCGUUGCUCGUGGGAGGGGGUCACGUGCGACUGGUCGAAUGGUCAUGUGAUUGGACUUGACCUCAGUUGCAGCCACCUUCAGGACACCAUCCAACCAAAUAGCUCCCUCUUCCACCUUCGUCACCUCCAAACCCUCAAUCUUGCCUUCAAUGACUUCAAUUUCUCUACAAUUUCACCUAAUUUUGGCUCCUUUCCAAGUUUGACCCAUCUCAACCUCUCUUCCUCUAAUUUUACUAGCCGAAUUCCUUCAAAAAUCUGCUAUCUAUCCAAAUUGAUUUCCCUAGAUCUCUCUUAUUUGAAUUAUUUUUUUUCUUCCCCGGUGAGACUUGAACAACACACUUUCUAUAUGCUCCUUCAAAACCUAACCCAAUUAACAGAACUACACCUUGAUUCGUUGAAUAUCUCUUCACCUUUACCUCAUGCUUUGCUAAAUCUAUCUUCUUUGACAUCUCUUAGUCUUGAAGAUUGUCAACUGCGUGGGAAAUUCUCAGAAAACAUUUUUCACUUUCCAAACCUAUGAGAGCUCGAUUUAUGGCAUAAUUCGGAACUCACAGGUAAACUUCCAAACUUCAAUGUGAUUAGUUCCCUUCAGUUUCUUGAUCUCUCCUUCAUAAGUUUUUCUGGCCGAUUGCCUGAAUCAAUCAGCAAUCUUAAAACCUUGAAUGGUUUGGGCCUUGUUGGUUGCAACUUUUCGGGUUCCAUUCCAGCUUCUCUUUGGAACCUUACACAAAUCAUCAUUCUAGACUUCGGGCAGAACAGUUUCGACGGUCAAAUCCCCUCAUCAAUUUCAAACCUUGCAAAGCUUACUUACUUGGGUCUUUCCGGAAACAAUUUGAACGGACAAAUACCGGAUUCCCUUGGCAACAUGAGCCAACUUACUAACUUGGGUCUUUCCGCAAACAAUUUGAACGGUUAAAUACCGGAUUCCCUUGGCAACAUGAGCCAACUUACUUACUUGGGUCUUUCCGGAAACAAUUUGAACAGUCAAAUACCGGAUUCCCUUGGCAACAUGAGCCAACUAACUUCUCUCUAUUUGAGUUAUAACUCACUCAAUGGGAUAAUACCAUCUUCGUUGUUUGCUCUGCCUUCACUGGUUGAGAUAGAAUUGAAUAACAAUAAGCUAUAGGGACCAAUUCCAGGAUUAGUUUAUGAACUCCAGAACCUAACAGACUUGCUGCUUUCAUCAAAUAACUUAAGCGGUGUAAUGGAUCUAGAUAAGCUUCUAAAGCUUAAAAAUCUGAUCUAUCUUGAUCUCUCAUAUAAUGGUCUCUCAUUGAGCAUCAACAACAGUGUCAACUCUGCCUUGACCAACUUUGACACUAUAGGAUUAGCUUCUUGCAACUUGAGCGAAUUCCCAAACUUCUUGAGAGAACAAGUCGGAUUGCGUUCUCUAGACCUUUCAAACAACAAAAUUCAUGGUGAAGUUCCAAAAUGGUUAUUCAAUGUGGGGAGAGAUUCAUUGCAAAAUUUAAAUAUUUCUCAUAAUUUCCUUACAAGUUUAGAGCAUCUUCCAUGGAAGAAUCUACGGUUUAUUGACCUGCACUCUAACUUACUCCAAGGACCACUCCCUAUCCCAUCUAACUUCACAUUUGUUUUCUCUAUCUCAAACAAUAAAGUGACUGGAGAAAUCCCUACAUUGAUUUGCAAUCUGAGGUGGCUUGAAGUUCUGGAUUUGUCUAAUAACAGUUUGAGUGGCUUGAUUCCACAAUGUUUGGGAAACUUGAGUCUCUCGGUGCUGAAUUUAGGGAUCAAUAGCUUUUCUGGCACCUUUACUUCAACAUUUACCAAAGGCAAUUGGCUAAGGAAUCUUAACUUGAAUGGCAACCAAAUUGAAGGACAAGUUCCGCGAUCUUUGCUCAAUUGUGAAUACUUGGAAGUUCUAGAUCUUGGAAAAAACAAGAUAAAUGAUACAUUCCCCCACUGGUUGGAAACUCUUACAGAAUUGCAGGUUCUUGUCUUGAGGUUUAAUAGGUUUCAUGGUCAGAUAGGCACCUCCAAGACCAAAGGCAAACAUCCUUUUCCUAAGUUGAGAAUUAUUGACAUAUCUUGCAAUGAGUUCACUGGCCUUUUGCCAACAAAUUAUAUCAAACAAUUUGGAGCUAUGAUGAAUGUUGAUGAACAUGUGAAAUUUAAAUACAUGGGCGACACAUAUUAUCAAGAUUCUGUGGUGGUGGUGAUGAAAGGAAAUGAGAUUGAAUAUUCAAGAAUCUUAACAGUCUUUUCAAUCAUUGAUUUUUCAAGAAAUAAAUUCCAAGGAGAGAUUCUGAAAUCCAUUGGGAGGCUUAAUUCACUUCGGGGUCUUAACUUAUCUCAUAACAACCUCAAAGGCCACAUUCCAACUUCACUUGGAAAUUUGAAAAACCUUGAAUUGUUGGAUCUUUCCUCAAACAAGUUUGUUGGGGAGAUUCCUCAGCAAUUGAAAAGUUUGAUGUUUCUUGAGGUACUAAACCUUUCAAAACAACCAACUAGCAGGACCAAUUCCUCAAGGGAGCCAGUUUAAUACAUUUGGAAAUGAUUCAUACAGUGGGAACUUGGCCUUAUGUGGAUUCCCUUUAUCAAAGAAAUGUAAGGAACUACAGCUAUUGCCACCUCCACCAACACUCCAACAAGAUGAGAAUUCAGACAAGUCAAGCGGAUUUAAUUGGCAAGUUGCAGUGUUGGGGUAUGGAUGUGGAUUUUUAUUUGGAAUGGUUAUGGGAUAUCUUAUGUUUGUAACUCGAAGACCAGAAUGGCCUAUGAAAAUUGUUGAAGGAAAACAUCAUAAGAAGGUGAAAAGGUCUAAGAAGGGUGCCCACUGAUGCAGUGAAUGCAGAAAUCAACAAAGACAAAUGGCGUUAUCUGGUAUGUUCCAUUAAGUAGCACAAUAAAGCAAUGGUAUCCACUUGAAGGGGUGUUUCACCUAGCUACUGCAUUUGAGUGGGUGAGCAUCUGGAUAACAACCAUACAAGACCACUUCAAAAGCUUUACCCUUGCUGCUGCAUUGAAUUCUAAAGCUUUGUUAAGUUGUUUAGUUUUCUUAAAGCACUGAGUUAAAUAAGAGUUUCAUGUCACGACUCUUUCUUGUUUUUUUUUUCCGCAUCAUUUAGCAACCUUUUGGAGAUUUUCACUUUUGUAUGUAAGUUUCUUUUAAAUUGAAUUUCAGUCACAGAAGACUGGGCCUUGCUAAGUUUUUAACUUUAA